UAUAGUUCAUUUUCAACACCGUGUCCAGUGAGUACCAUUGCUGCAUUUGUUGACCCUUUGUCCUUCCAUUUCUGUGGGAGAACACAGCUUAGUGAACAUUCAUCUUGGAUGCAUGUGGUCCCCUAAGGUGGAAAUAGAUUGUUUCAAGAGACCUCGCUGGACACACACCUGUAAUACCAGCAUUCAGGAGGCCGGGGAGGAAAAGGGGGGGAAUAAGGAAUGGCAGAUGGUGGUACUUGUGAAAGCCGAGUGCACCGACAGGUGCAUGGUGGUAGUUCGUUAUACUUUGUCCUUCCUGGUUUACUAGGUCAGUUUAGUUCAUGAAGCAGUCUGCCCCUUCAUAGCCCAGGUCCUGUGAGGGUGGUGAGGAGUUAGCCUUGAGCUCUGGUAUGGCUUCAUGGCAGUGGCAUGGGAGCUAGUGAGUGUAUCUCUACGCUUGUGCUGUCCUUAGGGGUGGCGUGCCAGAUGUCGCUGCCACAGGAGCCUGGGAACUGUGGUCAGCUCAUUUUGCAGAUAAAGAUAAAGGCGCUGGGGACUAAAGCGGGGUCCAGGUGGGCUUUGCUGUGUUUUUCUGUCACCAACUUGGUGCUUCGUCUCUGGCCUCAGGAUUGCACAUGUGAGGAGUUCUGCCCCGAGUGCUCGGUGGAGUUCACUCUUGAUGUGCGAUGCAAUGAAGAUCAGACACGUCACGUCACAUCCCGAGACCUCAUCUCCAACAGCCCCCGGGUCAUUCCGGUAACAUCCCGGAACCGUGACAAUGACCCCAAUGACUACGUGGAGCAGGACGACAUCCUCAUUGUGAAGCUAAGGAAGGGCCAGGAGCUGAGACUUCGAGCCUAUGCUAAGAAAGGCUUUGGCAAGGAACAUGCCAAGUGGAACCCCACUGCAGGGGUGGCUUUUGAAUAUGACCCAGACAAUGCCCUGAGGCACACAGUCUACCCCAAACCUGAGGAAUGGCCAAAGAGUGAGUACUCGGAGCUGGAUGAAGACGAGUCGCAGGCUCCCUACGACCCCAACGGCAAGCCCGAGAGGUUUUACUACAACGUGGAGUCCUGUGGCUCUCUGCGCCCUGAAACCAUUGUCCUCUCGGCCCUCUCUGGAUUGAAGAAGAAGCUGAGUGAUUUACAGACUCAAUUAAGCCACGAGAUCCAGAGUGAUGUACUCACUAUAAACUAGCAGCAGCUCGCCAGUAUCAGCACAGGCGGAGUUUGAGGCAGACCGUGUCUGGAUUUCAGGUCUCUCGUGAGCCCUUGAAGUUUGUGGGCUGUGGACUGCUUGCUACUGCUCAAGCUCUGGGUGGCCAUCAGUAUAAGUAAGAAUCAGGUUACAGGUACAUUACUGAGAUACAUUUUUGGUGGUAGUUUUUGGUUGUUUUUUUAGGCAGGUUCUCACCUGAUGUUGGUCUCAAACUCAUGACUAAAGGUUUGCACUGCUGCACCUGGCUAGGCAGACAGCUUUCUACUUGAGCCAGUACCCUAGCUCUGCUAAGGAUUGCCAGUAGAACUCCUCAACCCAGCACGUCCCUUGCAUCCAUCCCUUGCAUCUGUUUCCUAGUGCACCACUAGGGGGCCCUGCUGCUUCUCUGUGGAGACUUAGCUGGACUUCUCAUAAUCAUUCCAGCUCUUUGACUCCAAACCAAGGAAUUUUCACAGCCGUACCCAGGGUUCCUGGUGUUCGGACCAAGUGCCAGAACAUCCAUUCAGUCCUUUGCCUGGGUGUCUAUAAUUUGAGAAGUAACCCUUUGUGGCCAGCAUGGGAUCCCCCUUCCUCUCCCAGAUAAGCAUGCUGUUGUGUUUUGUUUUGUUUUGUUUCUGCCCUUGGGUUAUGAGCUCGUUCACUCCCAGCAGCCUGACUAUUUGGCUUGGGGUGUUUGGUGGGGGGGAGCAGGAACGGAGGCCACCCCCCACAUUUCCCCUGUCAGCAAAGGCUCCAGGUAGAGCACAUGGGUAGCAGUCCCUGGGCAGCCUGAGGGAACCCAAGAGGCUGGUGCAGAGAAAGGGAUACUUAUUGAUUAGCAGUACUUGUCUUUUUGAAAGUUUUUAUUUUUGGCAAUAAAGAGCACAACAUAAUCUC